CAAUUUGUGCUUCGUAUCUACCCUGAGAAAGAGGGGAAGAUAGAGAUAAAAUCUUUUUAGCAAGAAUGGCAUCUAUCAUCAACAAUCCCUUGACUUCACUCUGCAACACCAAGUCUGAAACUAAUAAUCUCUUCCGAAUUUGCCCUUUAAGGUCUCAUACACUAAAUUUUUCCAAGUUCAACAGAAAGGUUAAUUUCCCUCGUGUUGUUUGCAAAGCGGUGUCUGUGCAAACUAAAUCACCCACUGAAAUUGAAGGCCUUAACAUCGCUGAAGAUGUUACACAGCUUAUUGGGAACACACCAAUGGUUUACCUCAACACCAUCGCUAAGGGUUGUGUUGCAAACAUUGCUGCUAAACUUGAGAUUAUGGAGCCAUGUUGCAGUGUUAAGGACAGGAUAGGAUUGAGUAUGAUAACUGAUGCCGAGGAGAAGGGACUUAUAUCUCCGGGGAAGACUGUCCUAGUGGAGCCUACUAGUGGAAACACAGGCAUCGGGCUUGCCUUUAUUGCUGCUUCCAGAGGAUAUAAGCUCAUCUUAACGAUGCCUGCGUCAAUGAGUCUUGAAAGAAGGGUUAUUCUGAAAGCUUUUGGAGCCGAACUUGUUUUAACUGAUCCAGCUAAAGGGAUGAAAGGAGCUGUUUCAAAGGCUGAAGAAAUAUUGAGUAACACACCAGAUGCCUAUAUCCUUCAACAAUUCGACAAUCCCGCCAACCCCAAGAUACACUAUGAAACAACGGGUCCAGAGAUCUGGGAAGACACAAAAGGCAAGGUAGACAUACUUGUUGCAGGCAUUGGAACUGGCGGAACCAUUUCAGGAACAGGCCGAUUCCUUAAAGAGCAAAAUCCAAACAUUAAGAUUAUUGGUGUGGAGCCAACAGAAAGUAACGUACUAUCAGGGGGCAAGCCUGGCCCUCACAAAAUUCAAGGGAUUGGAGCAGGUUUUAUUCCAGGAAACUUGGAUCAAGAUGUUAUGGAUGAAGUGAUAGAGAUAUCGAGUGACGAUGCUGUUGAAACUGCAAAGCAACUUGCGCUACAAGAAGGGUUGUUGGUUGGGAUUUCUUCCGGAGCAGCUGCACUUGCUGCCAUUCAGGUUGGGAAGAGACCUGAGAAUGCAGGGAAGCUUAUUGCGGUUGUAUUUCCAAGCUAUGGGGAAAGAUACCUCUCCUCAAUACUUUUCCAGUCAAUACGAGAGGAAUGCGAGAACAUGAAGCCAGAAUUGUAGAGAUCUUCCUUUUUUCGAGCUAUCUUCUGAUUCCUAAUAAAGUAACGAUGAUAUCUGGUGAUCAUUCAGAUUAUCUUUGCCCCAUUUUCCCUGCCUUUUCUAGCCGCCACACUUUUGUUUGUUAUUUAGCUGGCUGCUUUUUGAUAAACAAGCUUAGACUAUCUCAUUGGUUUGUUUUGAGGAUUUUUUAUUUGAAUUAAUCAAGAAACUUGAGUGAAUUUUCAGA